AUGAAUACUUUACCAGCAUGCAGGCACUCUGCAUCUGGGAUAUCAUUAUAUACGACGAUACGAGCCCUUUCCUCAGCGGCAAAUACCCAUUCGAAGCGCGAGCUCAAAGACCUCACGCCGUCCGAUCUCUGCUACUACUGGGAUACGAAACCUCCUCAGGCCAGCCAGCUAGCCUUCGCCGAUAAGGUUUUCACACCGUCGCGACACUCGCCUUUAAAACUUUGGUCCGCUGCCAAAUUCCGUACAACACCACUUUCAUCCGUGGAGCCUGAAGUCGCAUUCCUCGGCCGCUCAAAUGUCGGCAAGAGCUCGCUACUGAACGCAAUAAUGGGACAGGAGAUAUGCUGGACCUCAUCUAAGCCAGGAAGGACAAGGGAAAUGAACGCGUUCGGAAUUGGAGGUACAAAAGGCGGCGAGUCGAAGGUCGUGCUGCUUGACAUGCCGGGAUACGGAAAGGCCAGUCGGGCCGAGUGGGGAGCGGAGAUUAUGAAGUAUCUCCAGGGGCGAAAACAACUCCGUCGCGCAUUCCUCCUCAUUGAUAGCACGCAUGGCAUUAAACAGACCGAUGCCGAGAUCCUUAGACUAUUCCGACACAGCGCCAUCCCGCAUCAAAUCAUUCUGUCCAAGGUGGACAAGUUCCUCGCGAGGAAGAUGAAACAGAUGAAGACCGGGGUAACCCCUGCCAAUAUCGAGCGCCUGCAGCUCUUGCUGCAAGGUAUCAAACCAAUUGUCCAGCCUGACCCGCGGGUUUCGGAAGGGCCUGGCUCUUUGGGUGAGAUUCUGACUUGUAGUGCUGAGGCACAGAUCGGUCCUGGCCGGGCGCUUGGUAUCGAUGCUAUCCGUUGGUCGAUUUUGUCUGCUGCUGGUAUUGACGGGAGCUUGGAGGGUGGCCGACUUGCUGUUGAGCAACCUGCCGCAGAAACAUCGGCUACCAUCCCUUGA